UUUGGCGCCUUGCCGCAUAGAAAGUGUGUGUUAGUUGUGUAUUAUUUGUUUUAAAUUAACGUGAUAAAAGUGAUUAAAAUGUACGAAUUAAAGGAAUGAUAUGUUGGAUAGCUGCCUUAAUAGCGACAUUAACUUCUUAUGCAAUAAUUAACUAUUACAAAGGAAGUGGAUCCAAAAGCAAAAUGUCGAGUAGAAAAUACCAAGAUGUUGAAUAUUUAACAGAUGAUGAAGAUGAAAAUGAAUCGGGAGUAUCAAAUGAAGUUGGUGAUUCUGGAGAAGGUGGAAGUGGUGAUUUUAAAAUACUUCCUACAUAUGGCAAGCGAAAAGGACUUUUCGAUUGGGAAUCAGGUAGACAGUCUCCGGAUUUUAAAAAGAAAUUGACUACAGAUGCAGAACAGUCACAAACUCCUGGAUUUAUUGAAUUGACUGACGACGAAUCGGACAAAUCUAUUUCACCUAGUAGAGCGUCUAUGAGGCCUCUUAACAGAAUUGUUAAAACUGAAGUUCCACAAGUUCUUAUACAUAAUGUAUUAAUGAUUUCAAAAGUCUCUGUUGAUUUACCAGUGAAACCUUAUCCGUGUCAAACGGCUGUGAUGGGCAUGCUUAUCAAAGGAUGUACUAAUAAACAGAAUUGUCUCUUGGAAAGUCCAACUGGAAGUGGAAAAACCUUAGCGUUACUAUGCAGUGCUCUCGCUUGGCAGGAUCAUUUUUCGAAGGAAGUGGCCAAAGAAGAAGAAAAGCUGAAUUCAGAAAUUGAAGCAAAGGUGAAAAAAGCUCAAGCCAGUAAAGACGAAGCUGGCGGUUCAAACGAUGUUAAGAAAGAUUAUGAAAUGGAUGUAGAAAUCGACGACGGUUUUCUCACUCUUAGCAAAGCGAUCGACGAAAUGGCACCCAGAACAAAAGUUCCGAAGAUUUACUACGGAUCGAGAACGCAUAAACAAAUUGAACAAGUAAUAAGGGAACUUAAAAAAACAGCCUAUAGAGAUAAACCAAUGACUAUAUUGAGCAGCCGAGAACACUCCUGCAUUCAACAAACAACUGGUAAAAAAUCGAAAACACAAUUAUGUAAUGAACUCUUGGAUCCACUGAAGAAAGUGGGCUGUCCUUAUUAUACGGAGAAAAACAAGACCGAUAUGGGUUCUAAUAUAAAAUUAAGACAUUACGGUAUUGAUGGACCAUGGGAUGUUGAAGACCUGGUUGAAUUGGGAAAAGAGAUUGGUUGCUGUCCAUAUUUUUCAGCAAGACAAUUAAUGGCCGAAGCUGACAUCAUAUUUUGUCCCUAUAAUUAUAUAAUCGAUCCUCAAAUUCGAGACACUAUGCAACUAGAUUUAAAGGACCAAAUAAUUAUACUGGACGAAGCGCACAAUAUCGAAGAUAUUUGCCGAGACGUUGCCAGCAAAACUAUUCGAGAAGAUGAAGUAGAAGAAUGCAUUAAAGAAUGUAUUAAUCUUGAAUUAGUAGUGCGUGACGAUAUAUUAAAAUCAACCUACAAUACUAUUUACGAAUACUGCAAACAAUUGAUAAACUUUCUCAAGAUUCAACUUGUUUCCCCAAUUAAUGGCGGUGAAGAAUCGUGCAGUGCUUACUGGAAGGGUGACGAGCUGAUGCAAUUAUUGGAAAUUAAUAAAUUGGGAAAACCAAUGAUGAGUCAAUUUAUCAUGGCUUGUAAGAAGGUUAUUAUAGAAUAUAAUAACGCGAAAGAAAAUAUUCGUGAUCAGGCGAAGAAAGCACCGCCGAUAAUAAUAUCAAUGAAUACAAAAAGACUAUUGGAGGAUCUUCUUUUUGUGAUCGAAAAAAUUUCUUCUAUUAAAUUCUCUCAAGAUUUUCGAGCUUGCAUUACGGAAAGUGAAGUCCGCGAUUAUAAAUCGCAGGUUGAGGACGAUGUUUGGGUUCGAGGUAGUCGACCAACAAAGAGACGCAUAAGAAUGUUAAAAUUGCUGUGUAUGUAUCCGGGGGUAAUUUUCAAACCGCUAUCCGAUUUGGCGAGAUCUAUUAUUUUGGCGUCGGGCACUCUUGCCCCUAUUAAUUCAUUCCAAAGUGAACUUGGAACAACUUUUCCGAAUAUGCUGCAAGCAAAUCAUGUUAUUCCAAGGGAGCAAGUUUACGUACGUGGGAUUGCAUAUGGACCAACUGGAAUUGGUCUCAAGGCGAAUUAUCAAAAUACCAACUUAUUUAAUUUCAAGGACGAAUUGGGAAGAUUGUUAGUUCAAGUGUCUGAAUCUAUUCCUCAUGGAAUAUUGUGCUUCUUUUCGUCUUAUAAAAUGAUGAACUUGCAAAUUGAAAGGUGGAAGGAGACUGCAGUGUGGCAACAAUUAGAAAACAAUAAACACAUUCUCGUCGAGCCACGAUUUGGCAACGAGUUAGAUGAAGUAAUGACGGAAUUUAGAUCUGUCAUAAAAGACACUUCAAAUUCGAAUAGAUUUGGUGUUACAGGUGCUCUUUUAUUCGCCGUUUUUCGUGGAAAAGUCGCCGAGGGAAUUGAUUUCAGUGAUAAUGAAGCAAGAUGUGUUUUAACUGUUGGCAUUCCGUUUGCUGUGAGAAACGAUCCGGCGAUAGACAUGAAAAUGAUGUACAACAAUCUAAAUAAAGCGAAGGGACUCCUCAAUGGAAGUGAUUGGUAUUCAAUUCAAGCUUUUCGAGCCCUGAAUCAAGCACUUGGAAGAUGUAUAAGACACAAAAAUGAUUGGGGAGCAGUUCUAGUCGUCGAUGAAAGAUUUGUAAGCAACGCUACAGUUAGUAAUCUUCCAAAAUGGGUGAAGAGCAUGUGGCGAAAUCCAUCGCGAGUAAAUCUUCCGGCGGAAUUAAAGGAAUUUGUCAAAGUUCAAAAAAUACAGGAAGAAGAACGUCUUCUUUUGUAAAUAAGUGAAGGACACUCUCGUUAAGUUUUCGAUUACAUUCGUUAGGUUGUAAAGUGAAUCGUCUUUGUUUCGUUUAGUUCGUCUAUGUUUAGUUUCUUUGUUUUUAACAUUUUUUUUAAUUUUUCUUUUUUUUAACUCUCAUCCUGACAGUGAUCGUUAAACAAUUAUGAAUUAAAUGAUUUUACAUAUA